GUCCCUCCCUCUUCUCUCAUCCGGAGUCACCUUUUGGGAUUUUGGAGUUGGGCACCAUGGGGACUCCAAAUGAUCGGGCAGUGCUGCAGGCCAUCUUCAACCCUGACACCCCAUUUGGAGACAUUUUUGGACUGGACCUCGGAGAGGAAGCAGAAAAGGAAGAACGAAAAGAAGAUGAAGUUUUCCCUCAAGCACAGCUGGAACAGUCCAAGGCCCUGGAGCUGCAGGGGGUGAUGGCAGCAGAGGCUGGGGACCUCAGCACAGCCCUGGAGAGGUUUGGCCAAGCCAUCUGCCUGCUGCCUGAGAGGGCUUCAGCCUACAACAACCGUGCCCAGGCCCGGCGACUCCAAGGAGAUGUGGCAGAUCGCUGGAGACAGCCUGCAGACGACAACCCCAGGGAGAUGCAGAGGUGCUUCCAACUAGAGAUUCCUCCAGACCAGCUCCUCUGA